CAGCCGGCCACUUUGGCCAGCCAUCAGAGCUACCACUGAGCUAGCUAGCACUAGCAGCCAUCAUCCAUCCCAUCCCAGUGCAUUUCAUUCCAGCACCAUCAUAUCACUCUGCUCACUCACACCUCAAUCUCGUCUGCCUACGCAACAAAUCCAAGCUAGGGAACAAGUUUAGCAGCCUCUGUCUCAAGGAAACAAGCCAAGAGCUCACCUGAGGCCGGGCAGCAAUGGUGGAACCGAGCAGAUCAGCCGGUGCCAAGAGCUCCACCACCACCACUACCGUGAGGAAGAAGAAGCUGACGGCAACAUCACCGGCCGCCCCCAAGCCGGACAAGGAGAAGCUUCCAGAUGUCGGCAAGAAGCAGCAGAGCAGCCAUGGCGGCCCAGGCGCUGGCGCUGCCGCUGCUGCGGAUAGCCCGUCCUACAGACUGGCUCUCAGGAGCCUCUUCUCCUGCCGGAACAGCCACGCGGCGCAGCACCAGCACAGCCAGCGCGCCGCUCCACCGCAGCCGGCGCCGGCGCCGGCAGAUGACGCCUCUAGCAGGAGGUGCAAGAAGAAGUCCAAGAAGCAGACCCAGCUCGGCUGCUCCGCCUCCAUCUGCAAGCUCCGGGACGCCAGCCCCCGCAGGGUCACGCUGCACCGCCCGCCCGCCGAGGAGGAGCCGCCCUCCGGCGCCGCAGCAGGGGCUGGCGACCCGUGCAAGCGCCGGGCGUCGGUGAGCGGGGGCGGCGAGCGGCGGGUGAAGAAGCCCCUGCAACAGCAGCAGCCGCAGCAGGGGCAGGGGAACGAGGCGGCAGGCGCCGUGGUGGUGGGCUCGUCGUCGAGGCACUGGGGUUCGUCCACGGCGUCCUCGUCCUCGUCGACGGCGGGGGGCGGCGGGUCGUCGUUCCGGCUGCGCAGGCUGUCCGGGUGCUACGAGUGCCACAUGGUGGUGGACCCCGCCGGCGGCGGCUCGUCCAUGCGCGCCGCCAUCUUCCCCUGCCCCGACUGCGGCGACGUCUUCGUGCGGGCCGAGAGCCUCCACCUCCACCAGGCCACCCGCCACGCAGUGUCGGAGCUGGGGCCGGAGGACACGAGCCGGAACAUCAUCGAGAUCAUCUUCCAGUCGAGCUGGCUCAAGAAGCAGACCCCGGUGUGCGCCGUGGACCGCAUCCUCAAGGUGCACAACGCGCCGGCCACCCUCGCCCGCUUCGAGGCAUACCGCGACGCCGUCAAGGCCAGGGCGCGCGGGGGGCGACCUGGCGCGGGGCGGUGCACCGCCGACGGCAACGAGCUGCUCCGCUUCCACUGCGCCGCGCUCGCUUGCUCCCUCGGCGCCGGCGGCGCCACCCACCUCUGCGACGCGGCCGGCUCGUCCUGCGCGGCGUGUGGGAUUGUUCGGGACGGGUUCAAGUUCAGGGCGCCCGGGGUCCGGACCAUGGCCACCAGCGGCCGCGCGCACGACGAUGCCGUGGCCGUGGGUGGGGAGGAGGGGGAGGGCGGCGGAGGAGAGCGGCGCAGGGCCAUGCUCGUGUGCCGGGUCAUCGCCGGGCGGGUGAAGCGCCGCUGCGAGGCCACGGCAGAGACGGCGGGCAAGGAGGAGGCGGAAGCGUCGCCGGAGGAGGAUGCAGAAGCAGAGGAGGAGUACGACUCGGUGGCGGGGACGGCGGGGGUGUACUCGAGCCUGGACGAGCUGGAGGUGUUCAACCCAACCGCCAUUCUCCCAUGCUUCGUCGUCGUCUACAAGGCUUGACUAAUGACUCAUCACCUCGGCGAUCCUUCUUCACGUUGAUUAAUUCCUAGCUAGAUAGCUUCCUGGGCUCAGGGAAUUCACUAAUCAAUUCCUUUCAUGUCAACUGAAUUAGUUUUUACUGUUUCAGUUAGCGGCGAUCGAUGAUGUAACAUAGAAUCUUCUCUAAUUAGUUUGUAUGAUCAGCUGCACUAGUGCCUAUUCAUCUUUGUAUGAUCAGUGCCAGUGAUCGAUUGAUCAGAUGGUACUUGAGCAUGAAUUACUCCCAUCAUUUGCCGACAUUC